AUGGCCGAAGCAACAGCAGCCGAUGGCAAACUGAAGGAUCUUUCCAUCUCUGAGACGAAAAAGAGCAAGAAAGACGGCAACCCGCAAAAAGCCGCAAAGAAGCCCCAGCAGCAAAAGAAAAAGAUUGAAGGCUCAGUCUUGAUAGGUAUCGAUGUCGCAAAGGAGGUUGAUCUCGGAGACUGGUACCAGCAGGUCAUCACAAAGGGUCAGAUGAUCUCGUACUACGACGUAGCCGGAUGCUAUAUUCUUGAACCCGCCUCGUACGCUAUCUGGGAGAACAUCCAGAAAUGGUUCGAUGCCAAGAUCAAGACGCUCAAAGUCCGAAAUGCCUACUUCCCCAUCUUCAUCAGUGCCGACAACUUGGAGCGGGAGAAGGAGCACGUCGAGGGCUUUGCUGCCGAGGUCGCCUGGGUUACAAAGGGCGGCAAGUCCGAUCUAGAGAAGCCUAUCGCCGUGCGCCCUACUUCUGAAACCGCCAUGUACCCAUACUUUGCUCGCAAGAUUCAGUCACAUCGUGAUCUACCCCUGAAGCUUAACCAGUGGAACAGCGUAGUUCGGUGGGAAUUCAAGCACCCCAUGCCUUUCAUCCGGACACGCGAGUUCUUGUGGCAGGAGGGACACACUGCGCAUCUCACCCGCGAAGAAGCCAGCGCCGAAGUCUUGCAAAUCCUGGACUGGUAUUCCGAUGUCUUCCAAAAGCUGCUCGCUGUUCCUGUCGUCAAGGGCAUGAAGACAAUCAACGAGAAGUUCCCCGGAGCCGACUAUACCACCACCGUCGAAGGCUUUAUUCCAGCUACAGGACGAGGAGUCCAAGCCGCAACAUCGCAUUGUCUCGGACAACACUUCUCCAAGAUGUUCGACAUCAAAGUUGAGGACCCCACUGCGAAGGAAGCUGGCAAGUCAGAGCACGUGCACGUCUGGCAAAACUCAUGGGGUCUGACCACUCGUUCGAUUGGUGUCAUGAUUCUGACUCACGGCGAUAACCGAGGUCUAGUCAUCCCUCCUAGGGUGGCUGAGGUCCAAGUUGUUGUCAUCCCCGUCGGUGUCACAGCCAAGAUGUCCGCUGAGGCGAAAGAGGAGCUAUACAGCAAGGUCAAGAAGAUUGCGGAUGACCUGAUCGAAGCAGGCGUCCGUGUCGAGACUGACUACCGCGAGGGUUACUCUCCCGGCUGGAAGUUCAACGACUGGGAGCUCAAGGGUAUUCCUCUUCGUAUCGAAUUCGGCCCCAAGGAUGCUGAGAAGGGCGUUGUCACCACCUCUCGCCGCGACAUCGACGACAAGGACGCUGCGCGUGGCACAAUCAGUGUCGACAAUCUAGUCGAAGAGGUGCCUAAACUGCUCGAGCAGAUUCAGGAAGAUAUGUUCCAGAAAGCUGACAAGCAGUUCCGUGACCACCGCAUCCAGCUUACCAACUGGGACGACUUCGUCCCCACCCUCAACGCCAAGAACGUCAUCUUGGUUCCCCACUGCGAGGGUGACAAGUGCGAGGACGAGGUCAAGGCAAAGAGCGCAAGGACUGCACUCGGAGACGAUGUCGCUGAAGACAAGCAAGCUCCCUCCAUGGGAGCAAAGAGCUUGUGCAUUCCCUUUGACCAGCCUGAAGGCAUCGAGCCCGGCAAGACCAAGUGUAUCAACCCUGAUUGCACAACGCCCGCUAAGAAGUGGAUCCUGUUUGGACGGAGUUACUAG